AUGGAUAAUAUUUUCGUUUCUCUGGACGCAUUGCUAUACACACUUGGUAUUAGCAUUUUAUUGGUCAUCGCUUAUGCUUUGAAUUCUCGGAAUGCCCAGAGCAACUACAAGAAGGAGACCAUAAAACCCAAAUCCGGAACAGGUGACACAGUCCAGCAUGCCAAAGCGCUAGAAAUAUAUGAGGACUUGAGGCAGUCUCCAAGUUGGUGGUCGGACGAGAAGUUAUUCGAAGUUGAGAAACGUGCAAUAUUCAGCAAGACAUGGCUCUUCGUCACCCAUGCAUCUAGGUUCCAGAAGCCUGGUGACUAUCGAACUUUCGAUAUCGCUGGAUUCUCAUUCAUUGUCAUCCUCGGAAAGGAUAAAGAGAUCCGCGCAUUCCACAACGUGUGCCGGCACAGAGCAUAUGCUGUAACCAAGAAGGAAUCUGGCAGCUCGACCGUGCUCGGAUGCAGGUACCACGGCUGGAGCUAUGACACGAGAGGAAAGCUUGUCAAAGCCCCUGAGUUCGACAAAGUGCCAGGAUUUGACAAGGAAACGAAUGGGUUGUGGGAGAUAAAAACUUCGAUUGUCCUGUCCAUGGUCUACGUGAACUUUGAUGCAUCAACCCAUGUGGAUUCUUUCGAUCUCCACGGAAGCGAAGUGUUGCUGAGGAAGUGGAGUGUGUCCAAAAUGAAGUGCCUCGAGGAAUGGAAAACAGAGGGAGCUUUCAAUUGGAAACUUCUCGGUACACUAUCGCCGCAAGAGGAAAAGAAGCAGAAGCGCUGGUACGUAAUUCUUCCUGGUUUGGGAGCUGGAAGCCGGGUCGACCUCGAACUCGGGCAUACAACAAUUAUGCGAAGAAUUGGGCCCAACAUCAUCUUGAUACUGAAAGCAGUGCCAAAGUCUGCCAAGAGCACAACGUUAGAAUGCAGUAUCUAUGCCAACGAUCAUCUGACCACGAUAGAUAUGGAUUCACUGAGGAGUGAAUUAAAUUGGGAGAUCAAGCAAUUAACAGCCAGACAACAACGCAUAAUGCGCAAUGAAGAGCCUAUCAUGGCUCUUGCUUCUUUGGUUGCAAAGCAAGGAGAGCUCAACAGACUCUUGGGUGUCCAUAUUGCUGCGGAGAAGAACGCUGGAGGGGAGAUCUACCCCGCGGUAAGGGAGCAGAGCUUUUCUCGAGAAGGAAAAGUGGAUGAUGAUUUUUGUCGAGAGCUCGAGAAUCCUGGGUCAACUUGCAACGCGAAUGCUAAGGGCCUCCUCGAUUGGUGA